AUGUCCAGAGAGUCUGCAGACCCGACAGUAGCUCUAGUGACUGGAGCCAACCAGGGCAUUGGCUAUGAGACUGCCAAGCGAUUAGCCUCAGAGCACCCGGACUACCAUGUCUUCAUGACAGGGCGACGGAAAGAAGCCAUUGAAAAGGCAGCAUCGGAGCUCCAGGAAGCCGGCUUGAAUGUUGAACCCUUGGUACUCGACAUCACUUCCGAUGAGAGCAUCAAGUCAGCCGUCGAUAUCAUCCGCACAAAAUUUGGCCAUCUCGACGUCCUCAUCAACAAUGCUGGAAUCCUCUUGGGCAAGCCCGAAGACUCGAUCCGACAAAAGCUCGCGACGGUCUACAACACCAACGUCUUCGGCUCCGUCGCCGUCACAGACGCCUUUAUUCCUCUUCUUUGCGAGUCUUCCAAGGUCAGGCGCAUCAUUUUCGUCAGUUCUGGGCUGGGGAGUCUUGCGAUUCGGACAGACCCAAGUCUGGGACCUGUGAGAGACUUUAUCGAGUAUGGUUCGAGCAAGGCCGCGCUCAACCACGCAGCGAUGACUUUUGCGUCUAGAUACAGGGACGAUAAGAUGUGGAAGUUUAACAUUUGUUGUCCUGGCUACUGCGCGACCAACAUGAACUCGUACGAGGGUCCUGAUGAAGCGUCAUUGGGAUCGGUUCAGGCAGUGUACCUAGCGACGUUGGGACCUGACGGAGCAUCUGCGACAUUUUCAAACCGACAUGGGCCAAUUCCGUGGUGA